AUGAAGAUCCUCACCAAAGAGGAAGAAGCAGAGCACUACCGCGAAACCCUCAAAGGCGGCUCCCUCGGCGGCGUUCUCGGCCUAGGCGUCGGCUUCGCAGGCGUCGCGCUCGCCUCCCAACGCUACCACUUCAUCCGCACCCUCACCCUACCCCUCAAAGCCUUCCUCGUAACCUCCUCCGGCACUUUCGCCGGGAUUGUCACCGCCGACCACUUCUCUCGCGCUUAUGAGUUCAAACGAAACCCCAAGAACGUCGAAUAUGCGGAGCGGAACCGGGAAUUGCAUGCUGAGCAGGAGGCGGGAAAGACGUUUGCUGAGAGGGGGCUGGAGUGGGCGAGAGCUGAGAGGUAUAAGAUUGUGGGCGGGAGCUGGAUUUUGAGUAUGGUCACGGCGUUUGCGAUUGUUAAUCGCGAUAAGUACCUCACGGGGGCGCAGAAGAUCGUGCAAGCUAGGGUGUACGCGCAGUUUUUGACGUUGGGUGUGUUGGUGGCCUCGGCGGCGUUUGAGAUUUCGGAUCAGAGGAAGCAGCAAGGACGGUAUGAGACGGUCAAAUACGUCGACCCCAACGAUCCCGAGCAUAAGAGGGUGCUGGAGAAGCAGGUUGAGGUUGGUGGAAAGGGAAGUGGGAGUGCGUAUGGAGGUCAGAGGGAGGACAGACAAGGGAGGGAUCUGUGGAAGGAUAUGGUGGAGUCGGAAGAGGAGAGGAUCAAGGCGCGGGAAAAGGAUGAGAAGCGAUUGAGAGGGAAUGGACAUGAGAAGCAUAAGAAGGGUGGGAAGAAGGAGGAAAAGGAGGACAAGAAGAAGGAUGACGAGAGUGAGGACGAGGACGAGGGAAAGGAUGACAAAAAGGACGAUAAGAAAGAUGCGAAGAAGGAUAGCAAAAAGGACGACAAGAAGGAUGAUAAGAAGGAGGAGAAGAAGGACGACAAAAAGAAGUGA